AUGCAGAUGACACGGCACCUAUGGCCUGCCUUGUCGCUGAUCCCGGGCUUGCUUCCCAUCGUGACGAGCGUUGAGCCCAUCACAAAGCCUCCUCCUGAUGUGGCCGCCUUUGCUGCAGCAAUUGCACUUGACGCGCUGGAAGACGUGCAGAGGCUGGAAACUCAGAUUACAGCGGACGAGAGCCGGCGGUUGACAAGCAGUGAUGUGGGGCCUUUGGAGAUCUACUCGUACAUCGACGAGUCUUUAGGACUCUUGAUCGACACAGCUUUGGCAGCGGUACGCCAUGCGGUGGCUGCAACUGCUGGAAGCGAGCCGAAUCCGGUCCUCACGUCCGAGGCAUCCUUGCUGGAGAGGCAGCUCAACAACAUGCUGGGGGCCCAAUCCAAGGAGCCUCUCUUCUUUUGGCAUGGUCCGAAGCGAUAUGUGUCAGCACAGUUGCAGCGAAUCUUCGGAAGGGGGCCUUGGCACGAGAAGCUCAAGGAGGUGGCGACGUCGGCUUCUCCAAGCCUUUCGGCUUUGGUGGGAAAGGUCGGUCAGGACACUCGCAGAUCACCUCUUCAGGGGCGGCUUCCUGAAGUUGGCCUUGCGGUCGAUGACGGCUACUGCUCCAAAGGCGACGAAAACAGCGGUGUGGCACCCUAUGCAGUGUUGCAUCUGCGGAUCGACAGGGCUUUUGGCCUCCCGGCCGCCGACUUCACGGGCCUCUCGGAUCCCUACGUGAACGCACAGCUGAACGACCACGCUCUGCCGGAAGUUCGGACGAAGACCCGGACGCAGACUCUGGCGCCCAAGUGGGAAGAGGAGUUCCACAUCCGAAUCUUUCGGCCUGGCAGUGUCCUGUCUGUCUACGUGCAUGACGAAGAUUUCGGAGAAGCCUCGAAGAUCGGCUUGGCAGGAGCCUUCAUGGGUCUCAGUGACGACUUGCUGGGAUAUGUGGACAUCUCUAUUGAGCGACUUCCUCUGAACACGAAAGUCUGCGGCUGGUUCAACCUCUGGGACCCAAAUGACCACAAGCAUCGUUUACUGAACUACAAAUCCAGGGCCGCAAAUCUGGAGCAGGGCAUCCGUCCACAAACAGUCGGUCGCAUUCGACUCCAACUGACGCUCCACGUUGCACAGCUUCAGCAUGAGUUGUUUGCGCAUUGCUUGGGGCCUCCGGCCUUCGAAGAGCCCCAGCACCCGCUGAGAUUUGCGAAGCUUUUUGGGGACGUGUCGACCAUCUCUCACCUGAUCCAGGACUUCAGCUCUCUCUGCAGUCCGUUGGCAGAGCAGGCUGAGCGCUUCAGCAGCCUGCUAUGGUGCACAGUGAUUCUUCUUGUCUGGAGACCAGAAUUCAUCCUCCCCCUGCUCAGCUUGUCGUUGUCAGCGAUGCUUUACGCUGCCGGUCGGCCAGCUGAGGCGCCUCCUAAAGGGAACGAGGAGCAAGACAACUCGGAUGAGGACUUGCCCACCCCGGAGAAGGAGGAGCCGAAGAAAGCCGAAGAAGAGACCAUCGAUCCAGCCCUCGAGAAGGUUUUUGCAGCUGCAGAAACGAGUCUUCCCCCGGAGCAGUACAGUGAUUUUUCGACGGUCCAGACAAAUCUGGAUCAAAUCGUCGGGAUGGCUCGGAGCUUCGAAGCGCUCAAGGCCAUGGUGCUGCUUUACAGGCUGCCCGUCUGUGGGGGUCUCUGGUUCCUCACCGCGCUGCUCAUUUAUUUGAGAGAGUGGCAGGGCCUGUUGAUACGCUUGCUGCUGACUGCCGGCGGUGGCUUUCUGCUUGUUGACCAGUCUUGCAUCGCUAGAAUAGUCAGAGCUUUCGCGGCCUACAGGACCCGCAAGAAGCCCUUGAGGGAAUUCCAGCCGCACGACGUUCAGGGUGCCAGUCCCAAGACUCCAGCGGCUCGGAGGAACACACAAGUACUGACUCCGAACGCUGUGGCGGCUCUGAGCAACAGUCCUGCCAACAUCCAAUCCGACGGCAAGCCAAUGCAACAUCGCUUGCAGGAAGGCUCCUGGACGGAGCCCAAGUGGUGCCAGCACUGUGGCGGCUUCCUCUGGGGUGUUUGGAGGCAAGGUUGGCAGUGCAGCCACUGCUCCAUUAUCCUGUGCCACACUUGUGCCACGGACGCUGACCUGGAUUUCUGCUCAGGUGAACCCUGCGGCCUGGAAGCCGAAGUGCAGGCGCUUGCCGCUCUGAGCAAGAAGGAGUUCCCGAAGAGCGACGGCAUCGUUCAUGUGAUCAUGCUCACCAUGAACGAGGCCUCUUUGCAGCGCCUGGGUUCCCUUCUGGGCCCUCUGAAAGCGAAGCUCUUCGUCUCGGCAUCUCUGCCUCCGGAGCUCUUCGAUGCCCUGGAUCCAAGGGAGGCUUCCAAGCCCGGAAACGUGGCUCAGCUCAUGGACUCCUACAUCUCCAGCCUCAUCAAGGCUACGGGCAUCUCAAUCGACUUGAUCUGGCUGCCCUAUGCUGCCUUCAAGAAGCAGUACUGGACUGGCACGCAGAAGAUGCUGGAGAAAAAGCGGUCCUGGAGUUAUGGCAUUCGAGCCGAGGUUCACCAAGCCUCGGUUGUUCAGAAACUGCUGGUGCGAAAUCCUGCUCCAGUUGCGUGGCUGGCCACAGAUGACUUGCUGCGGCCAGUGCAUCAGGAUUCGGUUGAAGCGGCGCGUCAAGCGGGCAUUCCUUGUGUGUCUUUCCCUCGCAAGGAGGUGACACAAGGCUUUGCUGCGAAGUACUUCGGAGCUGCAGGUCUCAAGAAGGAGCAAUCUGUCCAAGUAGCACAACUUCAUUGGGCCUGGCAGCGAGGCCUCUCUGCAACUUGGCGCGGCGGCGUGCUGCAGCCCGCAGAGGCACAGUUCGACAUGCACGUGCUCAAAGCAGCCGCGUUUUCGUCGUCACAUUCGCAGGCAGGACACGAGCAAGUCCCUUCUGAUUCGUGGAGUGUUUCGUCUCCGCUGGAGGCAGCGUUGCACAACAGCAGGCUAGUCUUGCAAAAGGCAGAGGUGCCUUCCACCGGCGCCUACAAGGAGGCCGAUGUCAGCUUCACUCCUGGCGUGUCCGGGGCCGUGCUCAAAGGCCUUGCGGAUCAAGCGAAGACCUUCAAGGCUGGCUGA